GCCCGCCGGGUCCGCCGCAGCAGCACCAUGUCGAGCCGCGAGCACACGGGAUCCACCAACGUGGUUUACCAAGCCCAUCAUGUCAGCAGGAGUAAGAGAGGGCAAGUUGUCGGCACCAGGGGAGGAUUCCGAGGCUGCACGGUUUGGCUCACAGGCCUUUCUGGAGCUGGCAAGACAACCAUUGGCUUUGCUCUGGAAGAGUACCUGGUGGCUCACGGCAUCCCGUGCUACUCCCUGGACGGCGACAACGUCCGGCAUGGCUUGAACAAGAACCUGGGCUUCUCGGCCCAGGACCGCGAGGAGAACAUCCGGCGCAUCGCCGAGGUGGCGCGGCUCUUUGCCGACGCGGGGCUCGUCUGCAUCACCAGCUUCAUCUCCCCCUUCACCAAGGAUCGUCUAAACGCACGGAAAAUUCACGAGGCAGCUGGACUUCCUUUCUUUGAAAUCUUUGUAGAUGCUCCUCUAAAUAUUUGUGAAAGCAGAGAUGUGAAGGGCCUGUACAAAAAGGCAAGAGCUGGAGAGAUCAAAGGAUUCACGGGGAUUGACUCAGAGUACGAGAAACCCAAAGCUCCCGAGCUGGUGCUGAAAACAAACGUUGCAUCGGUGUCUGAGUGCAUCCAGCAGGUCGUGGAGCUCCUCCAGGCACAGAACAUCGUGCCCCAAGGCUCAGUCAAGGAUGUUCUGGAGCUCUUUGUGCCUGAGGACAAACUCAGCAGUGUCCAGGCUGAGGCAGAGAAGCUGCCAGCACUAGAGAUCACUAAGCUGGAUCUGCAGUGGGUGCAGGUGCUGGGUGAAGGCUGGGCCACUCCUCUGACAGGAUUCAUGCGGGAGGCAGAGUACCUGCAAGUGCUGCACUUUGGCACCCUGCUCAACGACGGCGUGGUGAACCUGAGCAUCCCCAUCGUGCUGCCGCUGUCGGCGGAGGACAAGCAGCGGCUGGAGGGCAGCGCGGCGCUGGCGCUCAGCUUCCAGGGCCGCCGGCUGGCCGUGCUGCGCGGCCCUGAGUUCUUCGCGCACAGGAAGGAGGAGCGCUGCGCCCGCGUCUGGGGCACCACCUGCCCCCGCCACCCGCACAUCCAGAUGGUGAUGGAGAGUGGAGACUGGCUGGUUGGUGGAGACCUGCAGGUCCUGGAGAAGAUCACAUGGAACGAUGGGCUGGACCAGUACCGCCUGACCCCGCUGGCUCUCAAGGAGAAGUUCAGGGAAAUGAAUGCUGACGCCGUCUUCGCCUUCCAGCUGCGCAACCCGGUGCACAAUGGGCACGCGCUGCUGAUGCAGGACACGCGGCGCCAGCUCCUGGAGAGGGGCUACAAGAACCCUGUGCUCCUGCUGCACCCCCUGGGGGGGUGGACCAAGGACGACGAUGUCCCUCUGGAGUGGCGCAUGAAGCAGCACGCGGCCGUGCUGGAGGAGCAAGUCCUGGACCCCAAGUCCACCAUCGUGGCUAUCUUCCCUUCUCCCAUGCUCUACGCUGGCCCCACGGAGGUGCAGUGGCACUGCCGAGCCCGGAUGGUUGCGGGGGCCAACUUCUACAUUGUGGGGCGCGACCCGGCGGGAAUGCCGCACCCCGACACCAAGCAGGACCUGUACGAGCCCACACACGGCGGGAAGGUGCUGAGCAUGGCCCCUGGCCUCACCUCCGUGGAGAUCCUCCCUUUCCGGGUGGCUGCCUACAACAAGCUCAAGAGAGCCAUGGAUUUCUACGACCCCAAAAGGCACGAUGAUUUUGACUUCAUCUCAGGAACACGCAUGAGGAAGCUUGCUCGGGAAGGGGAAAACCCCCCAGACGGCUUCAUGGCCCCCAAAGCCUGGAAAGUCCUCACCACCUACUACCAGACACUGGAAAAAAAAUAAUUAACUCCUCCUCCUCCCUAGAAAUACCUGUAUUAAGAGUGAGCAAUGAUCAAUUGAUUUCCUGUGACACAGAUCACUUGGCAUGACCCUGGGAUUUUCCUACCUGGGUCAGAGUGUUUUUUACCAAUCAGAUAUACUUUGAGCCUGAUCCUUCUCCCCCUAAAGCUGCUGGGAGUGUCCCCAUGGAGCUGGAAAGGAUGGGGAGUGGGGCCUUUGUUCCCAGCUGGCGCCAGGACGUGCCACUGGGAUGGCCAGGGCCACCCAGCAGCUCCCAGUGCAGAGGGGACCAAGAUCAAUCCUGCCUGUGCCCUGCCUGGAGCAGAAAUGAAGAAGUGCCUUUCCACGUUGUGCCUUAGACAGUUUUUGCUAAUUAACAGCAGAAUCUUUUUAAUGCCCCUUUUAUAAAAAGGACUUUUUAAGAUCAGCUGUGACCACCUCCAGUUCCUUGUGGCUGAGCCAACUCCUCACUGCUUCCUUCCUUCCUCCUGCUUGACCUCUUUGGUCAAACAAAUCCCGGGCUGAGCAUUCCUGUUGCUCCAAGUUCAGCUGCCUGUGAGGCUGUGCCAUGGUGAUCCCUGCACUCACAGCCCAGCUGGGGAGGCACCAAAAGCCCGGAGAUCCUUGAGAAAGCUCUGGACAGCAAGGAAAAGCCAGGGAUGCUGUCACUGUGCUUGCAGGUGUGGAAAGAAAACUGCCACCACGUGGCAGGAGGGGACCCCCUUCCCUCUGCCCACACUCCUCCCAUCCCAAAGGCAAAUCCAAGGCAAAACAGCAAACACACAGCGCAAGGUGGGUGUGGAGAACCAGCUGAGAGGAGGCUGGAGCUCCUGCCCUCAUCCACAGCUGUGUGGGUACAGGUGACCUGAUUUGCUCUGUGUCUGCGGGAUGUGGCCCCUGGGGACAGCCAGAGGAUGGCAGGAAAGCCAUUGGGCCCCCCAGCCCUGUGGGGUGCUGCUGUGGCUGUGGCACGUCACCGCGGACACGAUCGCCUUCCCCACCCUCACCCGGACUUCGGCAGUGCCGUGCCUGAGGCUUUUCCACCAACUCUCAGGAGCCUCCGAGGUGACAGAGCAGUGACACAACAGCGGGGCUUCCCUGGGCACUGCCGGGAGCCCUGGCCACCUGCGGGGGCUGCCAAGGACAGGGCUGGUCCCGCCUUGCCCCCCCAGGUGUGAGCCGGCAGCAGAGGAAAGCAGCCGAGCACUUGGUCAUUGCAGUCACGGCCUCGCUCCGGGAGUUUUGCGCCUGACCUUGCUCAGCAGCUGCCCCAGGAGCUGUGGGGAUGUUGUCAAGGAAUGGCGGUCGGCAUUCCUCUCCUCUGCUGCUCCAGUUUGGAUCCACGCUCAGCAAAAGCAGCCUGCUGCUGCUUGGUACCGUGAGCCACGACCUGCUCUGCUGUGGCCAGGGCACAGUGUCCAGGCCUUCGUCUGUGACUGGAAAAUAUCCUUGCAAAAGGGCCUUUUGGGUGGCUUUUAAAGUCUUGUUUUUUAAGUAUUUGGAGCAAAGCUGUGUUUUACCCCAAGUACCCCAAGGCAAAUGCUGCAGCCUCAUCCAGCCAGGCCCUCUGGCAGCUAGCCAAAAGUGAUAUUCCCAUUUAGGGUUUUUAAGGAGUGAAACAGCACUGUUGCUGCUCAUCAUAAAAUAAUCCAGUGUUGAAACCUGCCCCCCCCCCCCGGUAAAUCCAGGUGGUCACAGCAAAACACAGAUGUUGUAUUAUCAUUUUAAACCAGCAUAGUGUCCUAAUUACCUCUGAUUAAAACACGUGGACUGGGGGGUUUAUAGUCUAUUUAUUAAAGACAUGAGACUGGAAUUUGUACCUCAGCUGAUGCAUCUCCUGAUUUAAUAUAUUCUGAACUCGAUACUCUAUGAAACACUCACUUUUAGUACAAAUAAAUAUUUAUAUGUGUAA